AGAAUCUCCGCUAUUUUUGUGUUCAGAUGUUCCGGGCUUAUGGGAUUUUUUUGUAAGUUGACAAAAACAAAAAGUGAAAAUGCCCGACCUCUUUUGUUCAUUCCCCAAAUCUCAAUUUAACAAGGCAAAAUGGUCAAUUUCACUAUUGAAGAGAUUCGUGGUUUGAUGGACAAGGUUACCAAUGUCCGUAACAUGUCCGUCAUUGCUCACGUCGAUCACGGUAAAUCCACCUUAUCUGACUCUUUGGUCUCCAAGGCCGGUAUUAUUUCUUCUGGUCGUGCUGGUGAAGCCCGUUUCAUGGAUACCCGUAAGGAUGAACAAGAACGUGGUAUUACCAUCAAGUCUACUGCCAUUUCCAUGUAUUUCAAGUUGGAAAAUGAAGAAGAUAUCAAGGAAAUCAAGGGUCAAAAGACUGACGGUGCUGCUUUCUUGAUUAACUUGAUUGAUUCACCUGGUCACGUCGAUUUCUCUUCUGAAGUUACUGCUGCUCUUCGUGUCACUGAUGGUGCUCUCGUUGUUGUCGAUUGUAUUGAUGGUGUCUGUGUCCAAACUGAAACUGUCUUGCGUCAAGCUUUGAACGAACGUAUCAAGCCUGUUGUCUGUCUUAACAAGAUGGAUCGUGCUCUUCUUGAACUCCAAUUGGAUAAGGAAGAACUCUACAACUCUUUCGCUCGUACCAUUGAAUCUAUCAACGUUAUUAUCUCCACCUACGUUGAUGAAGCUCUCGGUGAUUGUCAAGUCUAUCCUGAAAAGGGUACCGUUGCUUUCGCCUCCGGUCUCCACGGUUGGGGUUUCACUCUUCGUCAAUUCGCUAUCCGUUAUGCUAAGAAGUUCGGUGUCGAUAAGGAAAAGAUGAUGAACAAGCUUUGGGGUGAAAACUACUUCAACCCUAAGACCAAGAAGUGGACCACCAAGAGCACUGAUGCCAGCGGUGCUCAACUCGAACGUGCCUUCAACAUGUUCGUUUUGGACCCUAUCUACCGUCUUUUCGAUUCCAUCAUGAACUUCAAGAAGGACCAAACCAAGGUUCUCUUGGAAAAGUUGGAAAUCACUCUUGCUUCUGAUGAAAAGGAUUUGGAAGGUAAGGCCCUCCUCAAGGUCGUCAUGCGUAAGUUCUUGCCUGCUGGUGAUGCUCUUUUGGAAAUGAUCUGUAUCCAUCUUCCUUCCCCUGUCACCUCUCAAGCCUAUCGUGUUGGUCACCUUUACGAAGGUCCUGCUGACGAUGAAUGUGCUGUUGGUAUCCGUAACUGUGAUCCUAAUGGUCCUCUUAUGCUUUACGUUUCCAAGAUGGUUCCUACCUCUGAUAAGGGUCGUUUCUAUGCUUUCGGUCGUGUCUUCUCUGGUACCGUCCGUGCUGGUAUGAAGGUCCGUAUUCAAGGUCCCAACUACCUUCCUGGUAGCAAGAACGAUCUUUCCGUCAAGUCUAUUCAACGUACUGUUCUUAUGAUGGGUCGUAAUGUUGAAGCCAUUGAAGACUGUCCUGCUGGUAACAUUAUCGGUCUUGUUGGUGUUGAUCAAUUCUUGGUCAAGACCGGUACCAUUACUACUUCCGAAGUUGCUCACAACAUGAAGGUCAUGAAGUUCUCUGUCUCUCCUGUCGUCCAAGUUGCUGUCGAAGUCAAGAACGCCAACGAUCUUCCCAAGCUCGUUGAAGGUCUUAAGCGUCUUGCCAAGUCCGAUCCUUGUGUCUUGACCUACACUUCCGACUCUGGUGAACACAUUGUUGCCGGUGCUGGUGAACUUCACUUGGAAAUUUGUUUGAAGGAUCUUGAAGAAGAUCACGCUCAAGUCCCCAUCAAGACUGGUGACCCCGUCGUCCAAUACCGUGAAACUGUCACUGCCGAAUCCAGCAUUGACUGUCUUUCCAAGUCUCCCAACAAGCACAACCGUAUCUACAUGCGUGCCGUUCCCAUGAACGACGAAUUGGCUGAUGAAAUUGAAGAAGGUAAGAUCUCUGCCAAGGAUGAUUUCAAGGCUCGUGCUCGUAUCCUUGCCGACAAAUAUGAAUGGGAUGUUUCUGAAGCUCGUAAGAUCUGGUGUUUCGGUCCCGACGGUACUGGCCCCAACGUUAUGGUUGAUAUCACUAAGCAAGUCCAAUACCUCAAUGAAAUCAAGGAUUCUUGUGUUGCUGCUUUCCAAUGGGCUACCAAGGAAGGUCCUAUUGCUGACGAAAACCUCCGUGGUUGUCGUUUCAACAUUCUUGAUGUCACUCUUCACGCUGAUGCUAUCCAUCGUGGUGGUGGUCAAAUCAUCCCUACUUGUCGUCGUGUCGUCUACGCUUCCGUUCUUACUGCCUCUCCUGGUAUUCAAGAACCUGUUUACCUCGUCGAAAUCCAAUGUCCUGACUCUGCUAUCGGUGGUAUCUACUCUUGUCUUAACAGACGUCGUGGUCAAGUCUUCUCUGAAGAACAAAAGCCUGGUACUCCUAUGAUGAACGUCAAGGCUUACUUGCCCGUUAACGAAUCUUUCGGUUUCACUGCCGAUCUUCGUGCUGCCACUGGUGGUCAAGCCUUCCCUCAAGCUGUCUUCGAUCACUGGCAACUCAUGUCCGGUGACCCAUUGGAAGCCGGUAACAAGGUCUACGAUAUCAUCCGUGCCGUUCGUAAGAGAAAGGGUCUUACUGAAGAUAUUCCCGGUCUUGACAAGUACUAUGAUAAGCUUUAAAUGGUCUAUCAGUAAUUUUAUAUCAAGAACAAAUUUGAAGAUGGAGUCGAGUUUAUUUUAUAAAUUUUAUUGCCAUUUUGUUAAAAGAUUUAUCAGCCUUUUAUAAUUUACUUGCUGUUUAUACAUAUAAUAAAGUAAAGCAUUUUGCAUUUUUAUCAGAGAAA